AUGGAUGAGUUUGGCCAUGAUGGUAGCAGUAGUGAUGAGUUUGUGAGCAGUGAGUUAACUAUCGUCUUUUAUGCUGCCCUAGUUAGGCUCCUUUUCGACAUAGAUGUUGAUCCACCGUACGGCAACUAUUUCUUCUUAUCAACAUCAUUUCAAGACUUUUGGGGUAGGAGAUGGAACUUAGCGGCAUCAGAUAUUCUACGAUCAACUGUAUAUGAACCUGUAAGACAUGCUAUUAAAAGGAGUUGGGGUGUAUACAUUGCCAUAUUAGUGACAUUUUUCAUCUCGGGUUUAAUGCAUGAACUACUGAUCUUCUAUGUGUUUCGGAAACAACCUUAUUGGGAUGUAUUGCUUUUCUUUAUUCUACAUGGGAUUUGUAUGGCUGUUGAGAUUAAGGUGAAGAGGUCUUUGAACGGGAAGUGGUUUAAAUUUCCGUUCAUGGUGAUCGAGGAUUUUGCCAAAUUCACCAAGCUUCUUAAUAAUGUGCUAGUUAACAAUUCAAACCAAAGUGCUGUUAUUUGA